AUGGCUACUCGCACAGCACUUCGGCACGUGAAUUACGCACCCAGGCAUCUCCUCACCUUUCGAAGAUGCAUCUCAACUCGAGAUAUGACAGCUUCAGACUUGAAGAAACUCAAAGUUGACCGACCACGAUUAAUGGAAACCUUACAUGACACUUGUAAAUGGGGAACUGGUCUCAAAUGGGGAGACAAACCGACUGAUACAGGCAUGUCGCGUUUGGCUCUUUCAGAUUCCGAUAAGCAUGUCCGGGAUUGGUUUGUCGAAACUACAAAGGGUCUGGGUUGCAAGGUGACAAUUGAUUCCAUGGGCAACAUCUUUGCAGUACGUCCCGGUCGCAAAGAAGGACCACCGACCUUGGCAGGAAGCCAUUUGGACACUCAACCUACGGGCGGAAGAUAUGAUGGGAUCCUAGGCAUACAAGCCGGUAUCGAAAUGCUCAAGGUUCUUCAAGACCACCAGGUAGAGACGGAAUAUCCAGUUGGUGUGGUGAAUUGGACCAACGAGGAGGGUGCUCGGUUCCCAAUCAGCAUGAUGGCUUCUGGCGUCUGGGCGGGUUCGAUUACCCAAGAAAGAGCUCAUAGCCUGAAAGAGGUUGCUGGGAACGCGACAGUCAAGUCAGAGCUGGAAAGAAUAGGGUAUCUUGGUGAAACACCAGCCAGCUAUAAAUCCACCCCAAUUGGAGCUCAUUUCGAACUUCAUAUUGAACAAGGCCCAAUUCUCGAACGAGCACAGAAGAAAAUUGGAGUCGUACAAGGCGUACAAGCCUACAAGUGGUUCACCAUUGAUGUCACUGGACGAGAUGCUCUUCUACUUGCUGCAAGACUGAUUACCCAUUCGCAUCGAUUGGCUACCAAGCACAAGGCGCUUGCAUCGACCGGAAUCCUCAACCUCACUCCUGGAAGCACAAACACAAUCCCUGGUCACGUCAGUUUUAGUCUCGACAUACGAUCACCCUCAAACGAGACUGUUGAGGCUCUCGAGAAGGACCUCCGUCGCGACUUCGACCUCUUGGCCAGCGGAACAGAUGUAGACGGAUUACUCGCAGGCUCAACACCUGCACUUCCUCUCUCCCUCAAUUGGCGAACAGAUACGAUCUCAACAGCAACCAAGUUCCACCCCGAUUGUAUUCAAGCUGUAAGAGAAUCUGCCGAGUCUAUUCUGGGAAAAGACGGAGCGGUAGAUAUUUCUAGCGGUGCCGGCCAUGAUAGUGUUUACACCAGUAAACACUGUCCUACAACCAUGAUCUUCAUCCCCUGUAAAGGAGGGGUGAGCCAUAACCCGGAGGAGUACUCUACGCCUGAAGAGUGCGCCAUCGGGGCAGAAGUUUUGUGUCAAGCAAUUGUGCGAUAUGAUCAGAAGAGAGUUCAAUAG